AUGGGUGAUGCUGCCAUGAAAGAGUUUGGGGCAGCAGCCCCAUACCUGAGGAAGUCGGACAGGGAGCGUCUGGAGGCCCAGACCCGACCUUUCGACAUGAAGAAAGAGUGCUUUGUACCUGACCCUGAUGAGGAGUUUGUGAAGGCUUCCGUUGUCAGCCGAGAGGGGGAUAAAGUCACUGCUCAGACUGAGAAAGGAAAGGUCAGUGAGCUGGCAGGAGAGCUGCCCUGGAUGCAACUACUGAUCCAUGAGACCCAUCUGUCCUUUAGUCACACAUAGCAGAGGAACAUCAUGAGCCAGACACUGAGCUGCACAUGAAAUGAUGGAAUGAUAAUCCUGUGCUUAGACCUACAGUGUAUUUAUAAAAAACAAACUUUGACAAAUGCUGAUAUUCAGAAGGGUCUAUUACAUUAUAAUAAUAGUGACUGUUUCCAUUCCAGACUGUGACAGUGAAGGAGAUGGAUGUCCACCCUCAGAAUCCGCCAAAGUUUGAUAAAAUCGAAGACAUGGCCAUGUUCACCUUCCUCCAUGAACCAGCUGUGCUGUUUAACCUCAAAGAGCGUUACGCAGCAUGGAUGAUCUAUGUGAGUCUUUCAGAGGAGAAACUGCACCUGUCAUCUGUAGUACCAUGAAAUCACAGAACGACACAUCAGGUUCAUAAAUCAACAGCUCACAUAAUUUUACUGACCACAGCAGGAUCUGAAAUGAACAACCUCAGUCUCCUGUUCCUUUGCAGCCUGCUUUCAGAACUUUGCAGGGUCUGGACAGUUACAUGCAAACAUCAGGAAACUUUACUUACAUGCACAUAAUGAUGGCAUCCACAACUCACUAGUUGCUGUUGUAUGAUGUCAUGUUCCCUGCUGCAAUAGUGUUCUUUCAGAUGAAAACCUUGCAACCCUUCAUGCAACAAUCAUACCUUCUUUAUCUUUACAAUGAUCACAACAGGCUUGAUAUCUCUAUGAUGCAGCUAAUACAGAGGGAUUACAUUGGGCAGUAGAAAUUACCCUCUGUAAAAAGAGUUUGUUGAAAAAUUUGGCAUGAGUCAAAGUAAUUAUUCUGCCAGCCACAAACAAUAAACCAUAACCUUUAAGAUUUCUGUGUAUUCUUCAACAAAGUGGUGUGAUGACUGGUUUACUUCAUUAAAACCCAUACCUGUGUAUGUCAGGCAGUUGGUGUAGAAUUUUUCUGUAAGUUUCAGCUUUUGAAAGACCUUAUGUGGCCAAGACACCUCCAGAUUAUCCUUCAGGUCCUUCUUGUUUUGGAAUUGAUUUCCCAGCCUAAUAAGCUGUAUUCAGGUUUCAAGUGAUUAAAAUCUGAUUAGGGAAAAUAAUUUUGCUUCAGAUUUUGCUCUGUCCUCCUCUUUAAGUGUGUAUUCAAUACUCAAUAUCUCUAAGAAAUGUAUUUUAACUUUUUCUCUUUUCCACAGACCUACUCUGGGCUCUUUUGUGUGACCGUCAAUCCCUACAAGUGGCUCCCAGUCUACAACCAAGAAGUGGUGGUUGCCUACAGAGGAAAGAAGAGGAGUGAAGCUCCUCCUCACAUCUUCUCCAUCUCUGAUAAUGCCUAUCAGUACAUGCUAACUGGUAAUUAACCAUCAGUUAUAUAGCUAUGAACAAAAUGAUGAAAAACAGCAAAAGUAUCCUUUUCUCAUUUUCUCAUGAUCUUUUCUCUUCUACUCAGACAGAGAAAAUCAGUCUAUUCUCAUCACGUGAGUUACAAUUUUUACUUGUAAUAAUAUGAAAGCCAUUAGAAACAGCUGAUUGUUGCUGAUACUCUGAGGUUGAUCCCAGUGAGAUUUCUAUUGUCCAGAAAGGUUACUGAUGAUGAUUUUUGCCUGGCUUUCUUUAUGGUCUAUCUGUGUCAAAUACACAAUCCUGAUGGGUGUGAGCCUCUUGACAGAAGCUAUCAAAUCUGCAGAGUAAGAGCGAUGCCACAGGAAGGAAGAUUGCAUGUCAUGUCAAAUUAAUGCGUGCAAAGUUGUUCUGGCACAUUUUCUUUCUGCUUAUUGACACCAUUGGCAAAGGCAUUUGUUUCUGUUAGUGUGCUUAACUGUUAGACUAUAUAAUAUAGAUGUUUUAUUAAUAGGUCCUAUCCUGCAAAAGCAGCAGAGCUGUUGAGUCUAUCUCUACGUUACCGAUUGUUUUGCAGAAAAAAACAUGAGUGGCACAGAUGGAAGCAUCACUGUUGAAAGUUGUGACUUUAGCCUUAUUUAUUUUAAAGAUGCGUCAACUGCAAACUGAGAAAAUGAGUGAGGGCAAAGGUCAACAAAUUAAUUCUUGCAGAAAACCCAUUCACAUUGUCUAAUGUAACUGUCAAUGGGGAUGGUCAAUUUAGAGUAAAAACAACAAGAACACAGGCUACAAAUUCCCACAGAUGACCUAGCUGUAUGAGGCUGCAUUUAUGUUGAUUAGUUCAAAACAGGAACACAAUUAUAUGUAGUAUACUAUUUUGAACCCCAUUUGUCCAUUUAUUUCUAUUAUCAACUUUUUUUCUCUCUGCAGUGGAGAAUCUGGUGCCGGGAAAACUGUCAACACCAAGAGAGUAAUCCAGUACUUUGCCAGCAUUGCAGCUGGAGGUGGCAAAAAAGACACAGGUUCUGACAAAAAGGUGUGCAUCCCAUAAUAAUUGGCUAUAUAUAUAUAUAUAUAUAUAUAUACACACAGGCCAAAAGUUUGGAAGCAAGAUCAGAUUUGUACAAAAAAAAAUCAUAGUUUCAUGUAUAUAAUUAACACAAUAAACAUGACAAUUGUGUAAAGAGUAACUUAUCAGAAAACAUUUUGACUAUAAUUAUGAGGUAUUUGAGUUAUUGUUGCUUAGACUUUGCUUUCUUUAAAGUAACCUCCUCUGGCUUUAACAACAGCUUGGCAUAUACCAGGCAUUCGUUCCACAAGUUUUUUAAGGUAUGUUCCAGGGAUUGCAUUCCAAGCUUUCUUAAGUUCAUUAAAAAGAGACUGCUGAUUCGUGGGACGUGUUUUUCUGACCGAUUGAUCCAAUUCAUCCCACACAAGCUCAAUUGGAGAAAGGUCUGGAGACUGAGGGGGCCAAACCAUCUUUUGAAGAACACCUUCCUCUUCUUUUUUUGUAUAGGUAACCCUGACAGAGCUUGGCAGAGUGCUUAGGGUCAUUGUCUUGCUGCAAAACAAACGUAUGAGCCACAAGUCUGAGUCCAGAUGGAACAGCAUGGUGCUGGAGGAUGGAGUAGUACUGUUCCUUCCUUAUGAUACCCUUUACUUCAAACAAAUCUUCUACUCCAUCACCUGAAAAACAUCCCCAUACCAUGGAACUACCACUUCCAUGCUGAAUUGUGGGUGUAACACAUGGUGCUUUCAGACGUUCACCAGUUUGUCUGCGGACAUAGACACGGCGUUUUGAACCAAACAGUGCAAACUUGUUUCUAGCCAUCAUAAGUCCGAUUUUUGUUAGCUUUUGCCCACUCAUAUCUCUCUUUCUUGUUCUGUCGACGAAGUAGUGUUUUUUUGCAGAUACACAACCCUUCAGACCAGACUUUCUCAAACGUCAUUUCACGGUUGUCAGAGAUAUGGGUGUCGACCUUGUCAUGUUGAUUUCCUCCAUUAUUUGUGGUGCUGUUUUUCGCCGAUCUCUCUUACUGGUGACAAUGCUAUGUUUAUCCUUUGCUUUUGUAGUGACUCUCUUUCAUCCAGGUCUUUUUAUGUCAUCAUAACUUCCAGGUUCCUCUAGUCUCUUCAGAGUGUAGUGGACUCCUUUGUUAAACACCUUUAGGCGUUUUGCAAUUUCUCUUUCUGUGUAUCCUUCUUUCCUCAAUGUACAAAUCAGUACUUUUGUUUCUUUACUCGGUUGCUUCUUUCUAGCCAUUUUUGUGGUAGUUUGAACGCAGUUGAGAUUUAUUAGGAUUUUUGUAUGCAGACUCUCAAAAGCCAAGAGUUGAAGUGAAUAAUCCAACUAUGAUUUGUUUUUUUGCUUUUGCACUGAAGUUGUGACUCUUAAAAAUGUUUUCAAAUGGAGUAAAAUGGUGCAUUUCCAUGAAAGCAACAUCUGAUCAUGGAGUAAAUACAUCCCAAAAUACAUAAAACUCACACUAUAUAUAUAUAUAUAUAUAUAUAUAUAUAUAUAUAUAUAUAUAUAUAUAUAUAUAUAUAAACACACACACACACACACACACACACACACAACAUAUAUAUAUAUAUAUAUAUAUAUAUAUAUAUAUAUAUAUAUAUAUAUAUAUAAGCCCUUAAAAUGAAUAAGAUACAUUUUUUAAGAGUUUUCAUCUUUAUUGAAUGAUGUUUUUCACAUUUUUAGGGAACCCUGGAGGAUCAAAUCAUCCAGGCUAACCCAGCAUUGGAAGCCUUUGGGAAUGCCAAGACUAUCAGGAAUGACAACUCUUCCCGAUUUGUAAGUUUCUCUCUGCAGUGGCACUGUUCUUUGUACUUACUAUAUUUAAAAGUUGUUUUCUCUGUUUAUUCUUAAAAUUAGGGCAAAUUCAUUCGAAUUCACUUUGCAGCCAGUGGGAAGCUAGCCUCAGCUGAUAUUGAAACAUGUAAGCAGUCUAUAGUUUUUACUAUUAUCUUGUCUGUCAUUGCAACCUACAGUAUGGCCUCACUUCCUUACAACUAAUGUCUCUACAGAUUUGCUGGAAAAGUCCCGUGUCACCUUUCAACUGAAGGCUGAGAGAGAUUAUCACAUCUUCUACCAGAUUCUGUCUCAGAAGAAACCCGAGCUGCUUGGUGGGUAUAAUAGGUGAUGUUAACACAGUUUUGAGUUAGCAGGUAUAUUGUUUGAAUAAAGGCUCGACUAAACUGUUUUGCUCCUUAGAAAUGUUGCUCAUCACCAACAACCCCUAUGACUACGCCUUCAUCUCCCAAGGAGAGACAACUGUAGCUUCUAUCAAUGAUGCUGAUGAGCUGAUGGCCACUGAUGUAAGUAGGGGAAGCAUUAAAGUGUCAGCAGAACUUAACACAUACUGACAUCAAGUAACUUUUAAGCUGUUCAUAAUUUUCAUUUCACAACCAGUAUAUUCUCAUGUAAAAGGUUUACAAAGGCUUUUGUAAUCUUUCAAAACACUUUCCAGCAAUAAUUACUAUGCUUAUGGUUCCCAAAGAAACAAAGUUAACAGUAACCUUAACCACAUUAUCCCAACUAAUUCACAGCAUUUUGCGAAACAAAGACAUUUCCUCAACAGACAUGAGUUCAGGCCCUCACAUGGAGAUGAAACCCAGACUUUGGAAGUGCUUUGUAUUAAGGGCAAAAAUUGUUGAAUGACCAGUUAAUUUCUGUAAAAAACAAUCCAGGUAGAGGUUAUUAUAUAACGUAAUAUGAAAAGAUAAAUUCUUAGUAAUGAAGCUGCAUUAUCUGUGGGACAGGGUUGAGGUGUUUUCUAUGGGACCCUGGUGGUUUGGACUGAAACCACUAGGACAGACUACUAAAUUAUUCUGUUCGCUCGAAAUAUCAAAUAUGCCUGUCCUGUUUUCUUAUAGGAUGCCUUUGAUGUGCUGGGCUUCACUCAAGAGGAGAAGAACGGUAUUUACAAAUUGACUGGUGCCAUUAUGCAUCAUGGCAACAUGAAGUUCAAGAACAAGCAGCGAGAGGAGCAGGCAGAGGCUGAUGGCACAGAGGGUAAGAAAACUUGACUAAAAUCGAAAUCAUGACAAACAUAGAGAGGACAGGCAGUGGUGCACUCAGGCUGUUGGAGAGACAGGAGAUAGAAGAAGAAGAAGAGCACUCCCUGCAUGUCAUGAGACAGCUGCAAACAAAAAGCUGUUAAUUAAGAUUUAGAGCAUCUAACAUUUCAUUUCAUGAAUGAUCACAUUUUGUUUAUUGGAAAGGUAUCCAGUAGGCACUUUUUUCAUCCAGUUUAUUUGAGGAGCACUUUCCGGUUGGAAUAUUUUUACAUUUCAUAUACUGGACUGGCAUCCAGAGACUACCGUUUCCCACUUUAUAUUCUUAGAGGGCGGCCUUAGAAUGAGCACUCCUAUAGCACACUUUUUUUUAGUCUUUUAUCCAGGGCAUCAAGAAGGCACUUUUUAAAAUUUCGUAUACUGAACGGCAUCUGUUGCUGUUUUAAGUUUUAUAUACUCAGAAGGCAUCCAGAGGGCAAUUUGUCAAGUUUCACCUUUGAGAAGGGCUGCAACUACAAACAUUUUUAAAGAAAUUUCCAUGGACAGGGCACCAAAGGGGGCAGUUUAUAAAGUUUCAUUAAAUAUAGGAGCAUUUGUAAGGGUACUGUUGUGGCUGUCUUUUAAUGUUAUGAGGACACCAGGGUCAAACGCCACACUUCCAUCCCCAAGGACACCACAGAUGCCAGGUCCAUUUGAUCACUUCACACAUUUUUAGUCAGUCUUUCUAUAUCUUCAGUCAUUCUAAAUGGGUGAUUUUACAGCUCUUUUUUUUUCCAGAUGCAGACAAAGUUGCAUACCUGAUGGGCCUGAACUCUGCUGACCUCAUUAAAGGUCUCUGUCACCCAAGAGUCAAAGUAGGAAAUGAGUGGGUCACGAAGGGACAAAAUGUCCAGCAGGUAAGAAUACCACUCCAGAAUUAUAUUAGCUAUAAAGUAUCAAUUAAUAAUUAUUGAGGCUUAAGGCAGAGUUGCAAUCUGUUGGGACUUGCUUGGAAGUGUUUGUGUGUGUGUGUGUGUGUGUGUGUGUGUGUGUGUGUGUGUGUGUGUGUGUGUGUGUGUGUGUGUGUGUGUGUGUGUGUGGGGGGGGGUCCAAACUUUGGUCCUUUGAAUGGACCAUAGUACUGAAAUUAGGCUGGUAGCCUGACAAAUGCUAGUUUGCACCAAAGGCACCAAAAUCCCAACUGCUUGAGGCACCAUUAAAGCAUGUUCAUGAGACCCUGCUUGUCCAUUUCAGUGAGCAUAAAACUGGAAUUCUCUGAAGGACUUGAUAAAAUAUGUUUUCUUUUCAGAAAACCACAUGUGAAUGAAGAAACAUUAUCGACCAACAUGGCUCCUAACUUUAUAUAUUUUUAAUUAUUAUUAUUUUUUUUAGGUUUACUACGCUGUUGGUGCACUGUCUAAGUCAGUGUAUGAGAAGAUGUUCUUAUGGAUGGUGGUGAGGAUCAACCAAUCCCUGGACACCAAGCAGCCUCGCCAGUACUUCAUUGGUGUGCUGGACAUUGCUGGAUUUGAGAUCUUUGAUGUGAGCUGGAAAUAAUACAUGACAUAAUAUUUGUGAAGUAGUAUUUGGUUUAAGGGGUCAUUAAACUCUGCCUUACUGUGGACCACUUCAUUUUACAGUUCAACACCUUUGAGCAGCUGUGCAUCAACUUCACCAACGAAAAACUGCAACAGUUUUUCAACCACCACAUGUUUGUGCUGGAGCAGGAAGAGUACAAGAAAGAGGGCAUAGAAUGGACCUUCAUUGAUUUUGGUAUGGACUUACAGGCCUGCAUUGACCUGAUUGAAAAGGUGAGAUACAAGACCAUUGCAGUUUCAGUCAUGUAUGAGGACUGUCAGAACAAUUAGUCAUUUUUAUAUUUGAUCACCUUAGCCCAUGGGUAUCAUGUCCAUCCUUGAGGAGGAGUGCAUGUUCCCAAAAGCCUCUGAUGCCACUUUUAAAGCCAAACUUUACGACAACCAUCUGGGGAAGUCCAAUAACUUCCAGAAGCCCAGAAUUGUCAAAGGCAAACCAGAGGCUCAUUUUGCCUUGAUGCACUACGCUGGAACGGUGGAUUAUAAUAUCAACAACUGGCUGGUAAAGAACAAGGAUCCUCUGAACGAGACUGUUGUAGGACUCUACCAGAAGUCUAAUCUUAAGCUGCUUUCCUUCCUCUUUGUAAAUUAUGCUGGAGCUGAAUCAGGUAAGAAUAACCAGAUGUACGAUAUCUACUGGAGAAUAGCAAUGUUUUGUGAAAACUAUACAAGGACUUUUAAAAAUAUAUAUUUAUGCCUGUUAAAGCAAUGUAAUGAGUUACACACUGUUCUGCUAGCUGAAGGUGGAAAGGGCGGCAAAGGAGGAGGAAGCAAGAAGAAAGGUUCAUCCUUCCAAACUGUGUCUGCCUUGCACAGGGUAAGUUAAGCAGAAAAUUACUGUUUAAUAUAAAAAUCUUCAUUUUACUCCAAUAACUAAGAAAUGAUGGUCACAGUUAUUACCAAUAAUAGCUUUAAAAAACAUGGUAAAAUAAACUCCUCAGGAGAACCUGAACAAGCUGAUGACCAACUUGAGGUCUACUCACCCUCACUUUGUGCGCUGCAUCAUCCCCAAUGAGACCAAGACUCCUGGGGCCAUGGAGAACCCUCUGGUGAUGCACCAGCUGCGCUGUAACGGUGUGCUGGAAGGCAUCAGGAUCUGCAGGAAGGGAUUCCCAAACAGGAUCCUCUACGGAGAUUUCAAACAGAGGUAUACCUACAUUUAAGUUGGGCACAAUGAAAUUCUAAGAAUAAGAUCUACUUGAUACUUUUAUUGUAUUUUCUUCUUCAGGUAUCGCAUCCUGAAUCCUGCUGCCAUCCCUGAGGGUCAGUUCAUUGACAGCAAAAAAGGAGCUGAGAAACUGCUUGGGUCUCUGGAUAUUGAUCACAACCAAUAUAAAUUUGGACACACUAAGGUUAGUAAAAAUUCUACUUUAAAAUAGUGCAACUGCAUGGUAAAUAGGAAAAACUAAACGUUUACACUGCAUGAGACUGAGUUUUGCUAAACUGUGAGUGGGUCGGUGCAUUGAUUCUUCGAUGCAUCGCAAAGGGACACGUGACGAUUGAUUAUGAUUAACAAAUAAUUGGAGAUUGAUGAUUUCCCACCCACACAGUCUGAAGGGAUGGGCUUAUUGAACCACACACACAGUUUGAAGGGAAACACAAAUAACAGACUGUUAGGAAACAUAGAAGCAGCUAACUACUACUACAAACUGAUUAACUGGCUGCUGUCACUGAGUGUGAGGUUCACGCUUCAAGUUUAAAAUCCAGCGUAUGGAGGCGUUUCAUGUGGGGGAUUUAAUCCAUUCUGGUCUCAUUCUCUUCAUCUGCCUCUUUUAUAGAUUUUAAACUGCUUUUGGUUGUGGAAUUGCAAAACUUUUGAUUGCUGUGGGAUGCUAUACUGCUCGUUAAAUACUUUAGAAGUCUUAAAAGAGCAGCUUUUUUUUGUGAAAAAGGUGUUGGAUUGUUUGGUCUAAUAGAAAUAAAACGUAAUGAAGGUACAUUUUGUGAGAUCUCAACAGUUGUACUGUGUUGCUUUAAAGAUUCAGAGUACACAAGUGCAAUGCCUGUAUGCUUGAGAGCUGAUGGAUGUGUCUAUGCUGUUAUACACUCCAAAAGGUGUUCUUCAAGGCUGGUCUUCUGGGUCAGCUGGAGGAAAUGAGGGAUGACCGUUUGUCACUCAUUAUUACUGGAAUCCAGGCAAGAUCAAGAGGUCUGCUGGCAAGAGUGGAAUUUCAAAAGAUUGUGGAAAGAAGGUCAAAUGAAUCAAGAAUUUAAAACAUGCAUAUAACAAGUAAACACUGAUAACACUUGGCAUUAGAAUAAUUAUUUUGUUCAAUCUUAAACAGAGAUGCAUUAUUGGUGAUCCAGUGGAAUAUCCGUGCCUUCAUGGGGGUCAAAAAUUGGCCCUGGAUGAAGCUGUUCUUCAAGAUCAAACCUCUGCUGAGAUCAGCUGAGGCAGAGAAAGAGAUGGCCAACAUGAAGGAAGAAUUCCUGAAGCUGAAGGAGGCUUAUGCAAAAUCUGAAGCCCGAAGAAAAGAACUAGAGGAGAAAAUGGUCACUCUUCUCCAAGAGAAAAAUGACCUGCAGCUCCAAGUCCAGGCUGUAAGGCCAAUGACUACAAUUAAAAAAUGUUUAUAUUAAAGUAGUCACUAAUACCAUACAGUUAUGAAUUAUUCUGCAAAAUAAAAAUGUGAUGUUGAAGUCAUGAAAUAUAUGACUAUUUUAUCUUUAGGAGCAGGAUAAUCUUGCAGAUGCCGAAGAAAGAUGUGAGGGGUUGAUCAAACACAAAAUUCAGAUGGAAGCAAAAGCUAAAGAGCUAUCUGAGCGGCUCGAGGAUGAGGAGGAGAUGAAUGCCGAACUGACAGCUAAGAAGAGAAAGCUGGAGGAUGAGUGUUCAGAGUUAAAGAAGGAUAUUGAUGACUUAGAGUUAACUCUGGCAAAAGUUGAGAAAGAGAAGCAUGCCACCGAGAACAAGGUACAACUCUGCUACUUCUUUCAGGAGCAGGCUUUCAAGAGUGGCAUGUUUCAACAUUUUUUAAUUUGAAACAUUUUGCAGGUUAAAAACCUGGUUGAGGAGAUGGCUGCCCUUGAUGAGAUCAUUGCCAAGCUGACCAAAGAAAAAAAAGCUUUACAGGAAGCUCAUCAGCAAACACUGGAUGACCUGCAGAGUGAAGAAGACAAAGUCAACACUCUGACCAAGGCCAAGGCUAAGCUGGAACAGCAAGUAGAUGAUGUAGGAACUAAAUUUUGUGUUGCUUCAACCUCAUAUUAGUGCAGUUACUGAUAGGUCACGUGCACUCAAUGUACCUGUGCAUGUGAAUUAACUUUCUGUGAUGUUGAUGUUCAGCUUGAAGGUUCACUCGAACAAGAGAAGAAAGUUAGAAUGGAUCUUGAAAGAGCUAAGAGAAAGCUGGAGGGAGACUUGAAGUUAACUCAGGAGAGUCUCAUGGACCUGGAAAAUGACAAGCAGCAACUUGAAGAGCAUCUGAAAAAGCAAGUACCUUUUUUUUCACAUAUUUCUGAAAGUACACUUCUAUCUUACACUAUAAAUCAAAGCCCAUGUCAGGAUACUGAUAACUUUAUUGUUAAAGCACCACUCAUGCAAGGAUGCAGCCCAAAAUGCUGAACAAGAAAAAAAAAAUAUUAAAGUCACUGUUGAUGCAUGAGAAAUUUAUAACAGACAAAAACCGCAGUAGAUACAUCAAACAAAUCAGAAAAACAAACAUCAGGAUGAUUAAAACUUCAGCUUAGCACCACCAAAAGCCAAGAAUUAUGUCUUUAUUUUUCUCUUUAAAACUUCCUAAAAAUUGUUGUGUUUCCAAGAUGUCGGAGAGGCUGCUCCACAGAUUGUUGUGUUUUUUUUUUGUUUUUUUUUUUCCCACAGGAAAGAUUUUGAACUAAGUCAGCUCAAUGGCAGAAUAGAAGACGAGCAGGCCAUAACCAUUCAGCUUCAAAAGAAACUGAAGGAGCUCCAGGUAACAGUCGUUAGAGGUAUAGUGGUUAAAUUUAGUAAAACUUUCAGUAGGUACAGUUGUACAUUUUCCUGCCUCUACAGGCCCGCAUCGAGGAGCUUGAGGAAGAGCUGGAGGCAGAGCGAGCUGCCCGAGCUAAGGUGGAGAAGCAGAGAGCAGACUUGGCCAGAGAGCUGGAGGAGAUCAGUGAGAGACUGGAGGAGGCUGGAGGAGCAACAGCUGCCCAGAUCGAGAUGAACAAGAAGAGAGAGGCAGAGUUCCUGAAGCUCCGCAGAGACCUUGAAGAGGCCACUCUGCAGCAUGAAGCCACCACUGCCACACUCAGGAAGAAACAGGCUGACAGUGUUGCUGACCUGGGAGAGCAGAUCGACAACCUGCAGAGAGUCAAGCAGAAACUGGAGAAGGAGAAGAGUGAGCUCAGACUGGAGCUGGAUGAUGUGGUCUCCAACAUGGAACAUAUUGUGAAGACAAAGGUUUGCUAAACUGAGAAACAAUCUUUUGUAUUCAUAUUUUUCAGAUAUGUGCAUACUUAGGACAAAAGUAUGUAUUCUAAAUCAUUAUUUUUAACCUAGACAAAUCUUGAGAAGACUUGUAGGACUGUUGAAGAUCAGAUGAAUGAAUAUAAGACCAAAUUUGAGGAGGCUCAACGCUGCAUCAAUGACUUCAAUAUGCAAAAAGCAAAACUUCAGACAGAAAAUGGUAUGUUUUCUUUUUCAAUUUGAUGUCAAAUUGAUGUAUCUGACCACUUACUUUCCUCUCCUUAUGUUUGAAAAAUGAUAGCACUGUCUUUUAUUUUAACUGUAAUAUUAAAUGUCUCUAAAUUAACUUCUGGGUGGCAAAGGUAUUUAUGGACACAGACAAUGAAACUUUUUAUUUACAAUGCACUAGGUGAACUCUCAAGGCAGCUGGAAGAGAAAGAUUCUCUGGUGUCUCAGCUGACCAGAGGAAAAAUGUCUUACACUCAACAGAUCGAAGACCUGAAAAGACAGCUUGAGGAGGAGACAAAGGUAAAAUGGAGCUUUGAUUCAAAUGGACAAUUCUGUUCAGUAAUUGUAUUGUUAUUAAAAAAAAAAAAUUCCAUAGGCCAAGAGUGCCCUGGCUCAUGCAGUGCAGUCUGCCCGUCAUGACUGUGACCUGCUCAGGGAGCAGUUCGAGGAGGAGCAGGAGGCCAAGGCUGAACUCCAGCGUGGCAUGUCCAAGGCUAACUCUGAGGUGGCUCAGUGGAGAACCAAGUAUGAAACUGAUGCCAUCCAGAGGACAGAGGAACUGGAGGAGGCCAAGUGAGUCAAUUUGAGGCUCGAGAUAACAGUUUGAUGAUUUCUUAGGAGAUGUUUUACUACGUCUGGCAGAUCAGCUUUUUGUUUGUGUUAUGUUCCGACUAAAAUGUAAGACAAACAAAAAGUUUGUCUGUUUGAUGACAAAGCAGCCAGAUACAUACAUUCAAAUCAUAUCAUCUAUCCAACAAGCUCAACUACAGAAACAGUAAACAAACUGUAUGAUUGAUUUUUGAAGGAAGAAGCUGGCCCAGCGUCUGCAGGACGCUGAGGAGGCUGUUGAAGCAGUGAAUGCAAAAUGUUCCUCUCUGGAGAAGACCAAACACAGACUGCAGAAUGAGAUUGAAGAUCUCAUGGUGGAUGUGGAGAGGUCUAAUGCCGCUGCUGCUGCUCUGGACAAGAAGCAAAGAAACUUUGACAAGGUGAAGAACCACAAAAUGAACAAAAAUAAAUCCUGACUCCAAAAUAGUUGAGACUCUGAGUCUUUAUAAAUAUAAUGUAAUGGUUUUCAAACGAUAACACCCAACAAUGCGGACAAAAUAUAUUAAAUGUUGAAAGUGGAAAAAUAUGAACAAGAUAUGCAUUUUGAAAGUAUGAUGCCAGCAUUAUGAACAUGUUUUCAAUUGUCCUGCAUUACCGCUUCUUUUAACAAAGAUCCGCCAAAGCCAAGGAGGAAGAACUUAGGAAACUGACAAGCUGUAUUUAUCAAACCUUAUUUGCUGCUCCUUAUCUGGUGAAUGAACACUUACAUUUAUCCUGUCUGACUGCUGUAGGUCCUAUCUGAGUGGAAGCAGAAGUAUGAAGAGUCUCAGUGUGAGCUGGAGAGCUCUCAGAAAGAGGCUAGAGCCCUCAGCACUGAACUCUUCAAACUGAAGAACUCAUAUGAGGAGUCUCUGGAUCAUUUGGAGACCAUGAAAAGAGAGAAUAAGAACCUACAGGGUGAGAUGAAUCACUGUGCUCUCUGUCUAAAUUUCUACAGAAUUACAUCUAUCCAUCCAUCCAUCCAUCCAUCCAUGUACUGCUUAUCUUGGGUCAGUUCGCAAGGGCAGCAGCCUGAGCAGAGAAGCCCAGACUUCCCUCUCCCCAGCCACUUUGUCCAGCUCUUCCCGGGGGACCCUGCAGCGUUCCCGGGCCAGCUAAGAGUAGUAGUCUCUCCAUCGUGUCCUGGGCCUUCCCCACGGUCUCCUACCGAUGGGACGUGCCCUGAAUGCCUCAUCAGCAAGGUGUCCAGGAGGCAUCAUGAUUAGAUGCCCAAGCCACCUCAUCUGACUCCUCUCAACAUGGAGGAGCAGCAGCUCUACUCUGAGAACCUCCCGAAUGACUGAGCUUCUCACUCUGUCUCUAAUGGAGAGCCUGGCCACCCAGGAAAUUCAUUUCAGCCGCUUGUACUAGCAAUCUUGUUUUCGUCACCAUAGGUGACACUGAUCAGCCUGUCAGCCACUACUUUCUUUCCUCACUCAUGAACAAGACCCUGAGAUACUUGAACUCCUCCACUUGGACCUGGAGAAGGCACUCCACCUUUUUCAGGCUGAGAACCAUGGACUCAGAUUUGGAGGUGCUGAUUCUAAUCCCAGCCACUUCACACUCGAUUGUGAACUGAUCCAGUGAGGGCUGAAGGUCGUGGCCUGAUGAAGCCAACAGGACCACAUCAUCCACAAAAAGUAGACUCAAUCCUGAGAUCUCUAAACCCGACCCUCUCAGCGCCCAGGCUGCGCCUAGAAAUCCUGUCCAUAAAAGUUAUGAACAGAAUCUGUAACAAAGGGCAGCCCUGGCAGCAUCCAACCUUGACCAGAAACAAGUCUGACUUACUACCAGCUAUGCGGACCAAGCUCUGGCACCGGUCGUACAGGGAACAAACAGCCCUUCUCAUGGUGUCCGGUACCCCAUACUCCAGGAGCACCCCCCACAGGACUACCCGAGGGACACGGUCAAAUGCCUUCUCCAAGGUCACAGAACACAAGUGAACUGGUUUGGCAAACACCCAUGCACCCUCAAAGAUUCUGCUUAGAGUGUAGAGCUGGUCCACAGUUCCACGACCAGGGCGAAAACCGCACCGGUCCUCUUGGAUUUGAGGUUCGACUAUUCGGUGGACCCUCCUCUCCAUGAUCCCUGAAUAGACCUUUCCAGGGAGGCUGAGGAGUGUGAUCCCCCUAUAGUUGGAACACACCCUCCAAUCCCCCUUGUUAAAAAGGGGGACCACCACCCCAGUUUGCCAAUCCAGAGGCACUGCCCCCGAUGUCCAAGCAAUGUUGCAGAGUCGUGUCAGCCAUGACAGCCCCACAACUUUCAGGGCCUCGAGGAACUUAGGGCGGAUCUCAUCCACCCCGGGGCCUUGCCACCAAGGAGCUUAUUAACCACCUCAGCAACCUCAGCCUCAGAGAUAGAAGAGCCCACAUGUGAGUCCCCCAGCCGUGCUUCCUCCAUGGAAGGCGUGUUGGUGUGAUUGAGGAGGUCUUCGAAGUAUUCCUUCCACCGAUCAACAACGUCCCGAGUUGAGGUCAGCAGCGCACCAUCCCCACCAUAGCAUUGACAGUGCACUGCUUCCCCCUCCUGAGACAUCAUAUGGUGGUCCAGAAUCUCUUGGAAGCCAUUCAGAAGUUGUUCUUCAUGGCCUCACCGAACUCCUCCCAUGCCAGGGUUUUUGCCUCAGCAACCACCAAAGCCAUAUUCUGCUUGGCCUGCUGGUACAUAUCAGCUGCCUCCAGAGACCCACAGUCGAAAAAGGCCUGAUAGGACUUCUUCUUCUUCUUCUUCUGACAGCAUCCCUCACCACUGGUAUCCACCAACGGGUUUGGGUAUGACUGCCAUGACAAGCACCGACCACCUUAUGGCCACAGCUCCGAUUAGUCGCAUCAACACGCCCCUAAAAUAGCCCACUGGGACUCAAUGUCCCUCCCCCCGGGACAUGGUUGAAGCUUUCCCUGAGGUGUGAGUUAAAGCUCCUUGUGAUGGGAGACUCUGCCAGGCAUUCCUAGCAGACCCGCACGAUGUGUUUGGGUCUGCCAGGUUCAACCGGCAUCCUCCCCUACCAUUGGACCCAGCUCACCACAAGGUGGUGAUCAGUUGGCAGCUUUGCCCCUCUCUUCACCCAAGUGUCCAAGACAGGUGGCUGCAAGCCUGAUGACACAACCACAAAAUCGAACAUCGAACUGCAGCCCAGGGUGUCCUGGUGCCAAGUGCACAUGUGGACACCCUUAUUUCUGAACAUGGUGUUUGUUAUGGACAAUCUGUGACCAGCACAGAAAUGCAUACUUAAUUUACAUACUUAGUAAAUAAAAUAAAUUGCAAGGCCAUUAAAUAAAAAAAAAAUCACUAUAUUUCACAGAGGAGAUUUCUGACCUUACUGAGCAGCUUGGUGAGGGAGGAAAGAGCAUCCAUGAACUUGAGAAAUUGCGGAAACAACUGGAGCAGGAGAAGAGUGAGAUCCAGUCUGCUCUUGAGGAAGCUGAGGUACAGACUCUCUGUUCAUAUGUACAACUCUGUCCAAGCUUUUCUAUUGAAUUUACCUCAAUAAAGUUCUUCUUAUCUUACCUUAUCUUAUCUUAUCUCAUCCUAUCUUAUCUUAAGGCCUCCCUGGAGCAUGAAGAGGGUAAAAUUCUCAGAGCCCAGUUGGAGUUCAAUCAAAUCAAAGCUGAUAUUGAACGUAAACUAGCUGAGAAAGAUGAGGAGAUGGAGCAGAGCAAGAGGAACCUACAGAGGACCAUUGACACCCUGCAAAGUUCUCUUGAAGCUGAAUGUCGCAGCAGAAAUGAGGCCCUCCGUCUGAAGAAGAAGAUGGAGGGAGACCUCAAUGAGAUGGAGAUCCAGCUUAGCCAGGCCAACAGGCAGGCGGCUGAGGCUCAGAAACAGCUCAAAUCUGUUCAUGCACAUCUGAAGGUAUGCCUAGAUAAGGACAUUUAUAUUUUCUUGAGGUGUUUCAAUUUAAAACUGAAUGCACAUUACAGUCAUGUGGUUGAUGUUAUCUAUUCCAGGACUGUCAGAUUCAGCUGGAUGAGUCUGUUCGGGCAAAUGAUGAUCUUAAAGAGAACAUUGCCAUUGUUGAAAGGCGCAACAACCUGCUUCAGGCUGAACUGGAAGAGCUGAGGUCUGCUCUGGAGCAAACUGAAAGAGGUCGCAAACUUGCUGAGCAAGAGCUCCUGGAUGUCAGUGAGAGGGUGCAGCUGCUGCACUCACAGGUUAGACCUGAUGUUAUUUCAACCAUUCCUGAUGAGUCACAAAAUUUUAGGACUUAAAAAAACUUUUUUUCAAACACACGAUUUUUCAUAUUCUCUACUCUCACACUCUACAAUUUGUAGAACACUGGCCUGAUAAACCAGAAGAAGAAACUGGAAACUGAUGCGUCCCAGCUUCAGACUGAAGUGGAGGAAGCACUGCAGGAGUGUAGGAAUGCUGAGGAGAAGGCCAAGAAGGCCAUUACUGAUGCUGCCAUGAUGGCUGAGGAGCUGAAGAAAGAACAGGACACCAGUGCUCACCUGGAGCGUAUGAAGAAGAACAUGGAGCAAACCAUCAAAGACCUGCAGCACCGUCUGGAUGAAGCUGAACAGAUCGCUAUGAAGGGAGGAAAGAAGCAGGUGCAGAAGCUCGAGGCCAGGGUGAGUGAAAGCAGCAGUAGGUGUGAUGCCAGUUGUACCAAUUUGUACAAGUCCAUCCAUAGAAUGAACACAUUUUUUUCAUUGAUGAAGCUGCAGAAUCACAUCACAAACUGAAAAACAAAGGAAUGUACAGACCUUAUACAUUACUCAUAACACCCUCAACACAUCAAGCAAACCGUGAAUGAAAUUUUCAUUUCAUUAAUUUUGAGCGCAUGCCUGAUAAAUAUAAACUCAUUAUUUCCUGCACUGACGACUAUGACAUUUUUUGUUGUUGAAAGAAUGGUCAAAUUUCCUUCCCAGGUCACCAAUAACUUUUUCUUUUUUAAAUAUUGACUGGCUGUGUGCUGUGGGUUCAUAAAGCCUUGAUACUGAACUCAGUUUUGUAACCUUUAGGAUCCUACAUUGAUUUUUAAAUAAAUGUAAAAAAAAAAAAAAAAAAAAAAUUCUUAUUAAUGCAACCUUGAUGUUUAAGCUCCUUGUGGACCUGUGAAUUUCCAAUGGUUGAUUUUUGCUGUUUUCAGGUGAGGGAGCUGGAGAAUGAAGUAGAGUUGGAGCAGAAGAAGAGCAGUGAGGCGGUGAAAGGCAUACGUAAAUAUGAAAGACGUAUCAAGGAGCUUACAUACCAGGUAUACUCCCUUUCUUUGACAGAAUACAAACGCAGAAGCUCUUUUUUGUACACUUUAUUUAUGUAAGUAGAAUGCUGAAGUCUUAGGCAGGGUUGCAAAGUGUUUCAUUGAAGAAGUAUGAAGAGUAGACAGGCUAAGGCAGUUUAAAUAGAGUGCUCAUUUUGCAAUCAGCAAUGUGGUUAAGUGUUGGCAUCACAUCACCACACAAAGCUUUUUAUGGGUCUAGGCUGAUACUAUGUGUGGUAUUUAUGGUAUACUUGCUGUUUUUAACCGAUCAGGGCAGGAGUUACGUUUGUCAGAAAAAAAAGGGAAAAAAAAAAACUUUUUUACAAACCAUUUUAACCUUUUGUCAAUUAAAAAAAGAUUGUUACUUUGAUGACAGACAAUUUGUUAAUUUUAUCAAACUCACUGUGAGAAAACAUCAACAAGAUCCCAUGAUUCAUUGAAAGAUUUAAUCUAAACAUAUUAUCUGCAUAGAAGUCCAAAGGAUGACUAGUUAUCUGUGAUUUAUCUUCCCAUAUACAAGCAGGGUUUGGGUGCUUCCCCUGUCUGAGAUAAACUUCCUCAGCGUAUGCUCCUGGUGUUAAGAAUCUGGCUCAUUUUAUGAUUUAGGCCAUUUGGCUCAGCAAGAAACCACUCUUUCAGCUCCCAAAUGGCUUUUUUUUGGCUUUCUACAGCCAGCACUUGCAGUUGAGUUAUUUGGGACUGACACAUACAUCCCACUCCAGUGUAUGAACCCAUAAAAUAGCCAAUUAGCUGUGCUAAAAUGGAUUUCAGGUCCUGAGUGAUAGCCAUUGACUGUAUGUAGUGUGGACAGUGUGACUCUGCCUCCCAUCAUUAUAUGAAUUUGAAGCCGAAAUGCCCCUGGUAUUUCCGGGAUUUUUUCCAUUUUCUGAAACUGGCCAUAGUGCAGUAGCGUUCGGCAAGAGAACAUUGUAAUGAAGCGCUGCUCAAACAUAGCUAUAUGACAUGUAUCUAAUUGUAAAGUUUGUCCAGGGCUACAUUUAUUUUGCUGGAGCAGGUGGGGUUUAUAAUCUAUACUGCAGUCCGUCACCAGGGGGUGCUGUUCUCAUGGAGGCCUCACCCAGUGAGGAGGCAGAUGACGUCCAUUCUAUAUACACUCUAUGGUGACAACACACCAGAGAAAGUGCAUAUAAGGUUACCCCUGGGGUGUUGACUGAUAUGGGUUACUUUGAAGAUCAACUAAUGGACUGUGGGCUGCUUAAACCAAUCUUCUCCUUUCUGCUCUUUUAUAUCACGUCUCGUCUGAAGCAUGCUGUUGAACCAGUAAUUAAUUACACUAGUCUUUGUAGAAACAGACCUGAAAAUGAUCAGAUAUUUACUUAGAUAUAAUAACAUCACCAUGGGAUAACAGAAAAACAAUAUCUUUAAUUCUACCAGUUUUUAUGUUUAUUUUGAGUUGUGUAAAAAUGUAGUUAUGUCGUUCAUUACAUUGCUUUUGACUCGACCAUUAACUGGUUUUGGAGAAGAAACACACUUUAUGAUCUCAAUCACUCACUUUUUUUGAACUUCUUCAAGAGACUCCACCGUAUUAUUCCUGUGGGCAGGAAGCUGGAACAAACCAACACAUGACAUCAGGAGUUGUCGAACCAUCAGUGGUUUUAAAGUCAAACUGAAAAGUCUGCUCAGGACAUUUUGAGUCCUGAACUGCAAAUUUUGUUUAUUUUGCUUUGUGCUCAUUUAUACAGACUGAGGAAGACCGUAAGAAUACAGUGCGUCUGCAGGAUCUGGUUGACAAGCUGCAACUGAAAGUCAAAGCUUACAAGAGAGCUGCUGAGGAGGCUGUGAGUUAUCUACUGUUUGUGUUUCACACUCAUUUUAUUAUUAUUAUUUUUUUGGCAAAAAGUCAAUUCAGGCCUUAAAUGACUUUUACUGCCUUCACUGUUGAAAAAAAAAGGAUUUUGAUUUUAAAAGGCUAUUUUACUUUGUAGAGAAACUUAAGUAGGACCAUCGGAAAUACUACAUGUAGACUUAUUUUUUGGAAUUAUAUCCAGUAAAUACUUCCCUGUUUCAUUCUGUUUUGUUGAAUCUUCUAGGAGGAGCAGGCCAACACUCAUCUUGGCAAAUUCCGUAAGCUGCAGCAUGAGUUGGAUGAGGCUGAAGAGCGAGCUGACAUUGCUGAGUCCCAGGUCAACAAACUGCGAGCCAAAAGCCGUGAUGUGGGGUCAAAGGUAAGAAGCUAUUCCAGAUUUUAACACAGCACUUCAUAUACUGUCCCUAAUGCAUUCAAUGUCAGGGAGACCAGCUGGAGCACUCUCAAUAUCUCUAAUAUGAAACAAGCUGGAGUGAAGACAGUCUGCCUGUGCUCAGUAGGAUCUCCCUCUGCUUGCUUAAAAUGAGCAGAAUCCCUUCAUCACAGCCAAAAGCUUGAAAAAAAAACCUCAGUUUUUGAGCUUUAAAUUGGAUUUUUUUUAGAUGUGCUGACAUUUUCGUUCUGUAGUCUACAGGUGAAUACACACACAUUCUAAAUUUGGCCUCUGUCUGUUGGUUAAAUUAUACAUUAAAAGAGUAUCUUACCACAGGUCUUUCAAAAAAUACUACUCCAUCCCCUUAAUAGAGCAACAGUAACACUGUGAAUAGAGGUCAUUGUUACAUUGUUAUUGAUUUGAAGUAUUCAUGCUUUACAUUUUCACAGCUGCUUGAUGUUUUAAAGGUUUUUUCUUUAAAGAAAAUGUUAACUUGUCAUUUUAUGCUUCUAUGAGUUAAAAACAGUGUAUGUUGAUUCUGAAACAUUACCUUGUUAUUCUUUAUCUUAUAUAAGCAACUCUAUUCCCAAGUUUUUUUUAUUUUUUUUGGUUUUUGCUUCAUUAGCUGAACUGUAUGUGAGUACAAUACAUUUCUGAGCCAAUGCAAUGCAGUAUAUCUCAGUGAAAUCAGCAUAGAAGCCCAGCUGUCUUUAAAAUUAGAUGUUCUCUUGUUUUGGAUUUAUUCAAUCCCAAAAAAUCUACAAGAUCUCUCAAUCUCAAAUCUAAAAAAUUUUUUUUAGAUACUACAGCAGAGGUGUGUAAGCUGUGUAAGCAAAGAUGUGCUGUUAUUGGAGAUAAAGUUGGUAUAUAUUAUGUAUAAUUUAUUGUAACAAUUCCCCCCUUGGGGCCCCCAAUAAUACUGAAACAGCUUUAUUAAAUAAAAAUACAUAUUUCUUCAUUAAAUAUAGAGCAAAAUAUUAUCUGUAAGUUAUAAAUGUUACAACUGCUCCUGGUUUCCCCUACUGCACUUUAACACAUGUUUUAGUUGCAAUGGAAAAAAUACAUGGACACACCAGACCAAGUUUGUCUAUAGCAGUUUUAUUCUGCAUUUUUUCAAGUGAAUAAAUAAAUUCAAACAGGUCAGAACAUCUUCAAGUUUUACGUCUUUUGUAUUUGACAGUCAGAAAUAAUGAGGGAUUGGUUGGUAGAGCCAAGUUGUUAGACAAAGAACAAUUUUUACUCCCAAACCAAAAUGAAGACUUAAGAGCAUAGGCUAGCACCCUCACCUCCAAGUCUCCAGAACACUUCAAGCUAAAUGAAAAUAUUUACCAGAUUAAUACAUUUACGGUUUUUUAAUAAUGCAUUAAAAAAAACAUUUUUUAUCAUACAAAUGAUAUAAAGUUUAGAGAAUAUAUGGUUCAGAAGCAGAGCAAAGCCUUACCUGAUCUUUGUCUACCUUGUGAGAGUGCUUUGUUUGUGCCAAUAAUACACACACACACACACACACACACACACACACACACACACACACACACACACACACACACACACACACACACACACAAAGCUGUUACGACAUCUUAACAUCAGUACUACAAACAGCACUGAUUUAUUCGAGCUUGGAAAAUAAACUCAAAUUUAAUGGUUUAGUUCAAAUAUAUUUUAGUGCUGAAGUCCUAGCUUGAUUGUUGGUUGUCCUCUGUCCCUAAUCUGUCUUUUUUGUCUAUUCCCAUGUCUCUAUUUAUUACAGAAGGGACUAGAUGAGGAAUGA